AUGCGCCAGCCCGUGCCCGGCACCGGCGGCGCGACGCCCCUAAACGUCUGCGAGUUCCACGAGUACGCGCGCGCGUACCUCCCGAAGAACGCGUACGACUACUACGCGUCGGGCGCCGACGAUAUGCUGACGCUGCGCGAGAACCGGCGCGCGUUCGAGCGCCUCGUGCUGCUGCCGCGCGUGCUGCGGGACGUGUCGUGCAUCGACACGCGGACGGCCGUCUUGGGCCACGCGCUCGACUCGCCCGUGUGCGUGUCGCCCACGGCGAUGCACUGCAUGGCCCAUCCCGAAGGAGAGCGCGCGAGCGCACGCGCUGCGGCCCGAGCCAACGCGUGCUAUGUGCUCAGCACGCUCUCGACCACCAGCCUCGAAGACGUGGCGCACGCGCAGGAAGCGGCGACGCCCGACGCCCUGCGCUGGUUUCAGCUCUAUGUGUUCAAGGACCGCGCGCUGACGCAGGCGCUGGUGCAGCGGGCCGAGCGCGCGGGCUACAGAGCUAUUGUGCUGACGGUCGACACGCCGCGACUCGGCCAUCGAGAGCCCGACGUGCGCAACGGCUUUCAGCUGCCGCCGCACUUGACAAUGGCCAACUUUGCCCACGUGGGCGGCACGUACGAGCACGGGGUCGUCCACGGCCGCCACGACUCGGGCCUGGCGCACUACGUGAGUGAGCUGUUUGACCCGACGCUCAAUUGGCGCGACGUCCAGUGGCUCCAGCGCAUCACGACGCUGCCCGUGGUCGUCAAGGGCGUGCUGAGUCCCGAAGACGCGGCGAUGGCCGUCGACAUGGGCUGCGCAGGCAUUUUGGUCUCGAACCACGGCGCGCGACAGCUCGACGGCGUCGCCGCGACCAUUGACGCGCUGCCUGCGAUUGUCCACGCUGUUGCAGGUCGAGCCGAAGUGUACAUGGACGGCGGCAUUCGUCGUGGUACGGACGUGUUCAAGGCGCUGGCGCUGGGAGCUCGGGCCGUUUUCAUCGGCCGUCCUGUGCUGUUUGGUCUCGCCCACAGUGGGGAAGCCGGGGUCGCGAGUGUCCUUCGGAUCCUGAAUGACGAACUGAAGCACGUCAUGCUCUUUUCUGGAACGGCGUCGCUCGCUGACAUCGGGACAGCGUACGUUCGUCGUGGCCCAGCGCCACUUCCCUCGUCUCUAUAG